GUUCCACUGCCAAGGGAACCAGCUGAACCUCUCCUGCGCAAACACACACACACACACACACUCACCAAACAGGAAGACUAUUACACUUUAGCGUGAGUUGGACUUUCAGGAAGGAUUGAAUGAUACCAGCAUCAGCACCACAGGGAAGGACAUGGAUUAAUUGGAUUACACACCAUUCAAAGCCUUUCAGGAAAUAAAUGAGAGUUAUUCCUUGGACCUGUGACGAUGUCCUCCGACUGACUCCUGACUCCUGACUGACCAUGUUCACCCCCAAGAACAGUCUUCCUUCCCCCAGUUUGGAGGAUUCCUUUUUCCCUCUCUCGUCAUCCUCUUCCAUCUCUCUCUCCUUCGCACUCCCCACAUCCAAGUUGGCUAACGGCGGCAUCGAUACUGGAGGAGACAUAGAGACAGACCUGAUUCUGGCAGCAGAGCUGGGACAGGCACUGCUGGAGAAGAAUGAGGAACUGGCCGCCGCUCUGGCAGAGAAAGACAGGGAGGUGGAGACGUUACAGCAGCAGAAGCAUGUUCUGCAAAGAAGGAUGGAGAUGAACGAACUAGCAUCCGGACAGAAGGAGGCCGAACUGAACGGAGAUUUGGCCGCCUUACGGGCCGAGCUCGAGCGUCAUCAGUGUCUCGGUCGAGAUCGGAGAAGAGAUGAGAGCGAACAGCUGACCCAGUUAGCCAAUCACAACCAGCGCCUGGUGGAGCAACUAUCAGAGGCUGUGACGCUGGAACAUAACUUGAGGACUGAGAUUCGUACCCUGAGAGACGAGAUGGACGAGUCCUCUUUCAGCCGGAAUAUCAGCUCCACACAAUUAGAAAACACACAAGCAGAGAACCGCAUUUUGAAGGAGCGUCUGACACACAUGGAAGCCCAGCUGAAGGCCUCCCAAGAGGACAGCGACAGGCUGCGCUCCGAGCGAGAUGUCCUGAGGGACAGAGUGUCAGAUCUGCAGGUCCAGCUGAAGGAGAAAGAGGCGGAGAUAGAGCAGGAGCAAGGGGUGGUGUUUGAGUUGCGUACCAUGAAUCGCUCUCUGCAGCAAAAUGCCCUAAGCCUGGGAGAAGAUAGCAUCCUGGACAUUACACACACACAACCUUUGUCACUGCUUAGUGAAAUUCAGCAAUCCCAGGCCAAAGAUGCACUCCUGGCACACUCUGUGGUGCUGCAAGCAAGAGAUGAUGAGAUAACAGCCCUGAAAGAAGAGUUGAAACACCAACAAGAAGAGUUGGAUUUACUGACGAAGGAAAUGGAGCCGUUUCGCAGCAAUCCCGGACAGCCGAGUUACAGUUCCUUAGAGAAUGAGCUGACCACAGUGAGACAGGAGAAAGACUUACUGAACCAUCAGCUUCUCAACACCAUCCAACAUAAGGUGGCGCUGUCUCAAGAGCUGGAUGCUUGGCAGGAGGACAUGCGCUUAGUGAUCAAUCAGCAGGUGCUGCAAAAGGAGGAGGACCGAAUAAAACAAAUGCAGCGGGAGCAAAUGAGCACAGGAGGACUCCAAAGAAGCAAGUCUUUAAAAUUGAAAGGCGAAGCAGGAAAAGGAUUCUUCUCCUCUCUUUUCAGAGACAAAUAACACAGAACGGUUGCCAUUGUACAGUGACAAAAUAUCAGUAACGACAAAAUGUUUAUAUAUAUUUGUAUUUAUGAAUGUACAGUACAGAAAUAUGUUCCGUUAUUAUGGCUUUAUAUUAAAAAUGUUUAACUGGAUCUUGUGGACAACUUUGUUUAACCUGUUUCUAAAUCUUAUUACAAACCUUGUUUUAUGUUUUGCCUCGGUUUUCAGACA